AUGAAUAACGAGGGAAACAAUUAUGAUGAAGAGGAGAGGUUCAAUCCUCUAAUGGAUGGAGGGGAACAACAAUAUCCACCCGCUCCUCCAUUAGGGAAUGUGAACCGACCAAGGCAACAAAACCACCCAAGGGAUGAUCGACCUCAAGUGCACCCACAAGUACAAAACCAACAAAGACAAACGUUGGGCGAGUUUUUCUUGCCGGAUGUGGACAAUGCCACUUUCGGAUGCUUUGCAAUGCCGGUUCAAGCGACAACUUUUGAGAUCAAGCCUAGUAUAAUUCAACUUUUGGAAAACCGUUGUGCCUUCUUUUGGGUGAGUCACGAGGAUCCUAAUGAGAACAUCGCCAAGUUUUUAGGUGUUCUAAACACAUUCAAGCUUCAUGGGAUAACGGCAGACCAAAUUAAGCUUCGGAUGUUCCCCUUCUCCUUGAGGGACAAAGCUAGCAUAUGGCUACAUUCUCUACCAAAUCAGUCCAUUCACAAUUUGAGGGAGUUAGCUCAAGCUUUCCUCAACAAGUACUUCUCCCAUGGCAAGACUACCAAGUUAACAAAAGACAUACUCGAGUUUGUCCAAUUCGAAGGGGAGUCGCUUCAUGAAGCUUGGGAACGCUUCAAGGAUCUUCAAAGAAGUGUUCCACAUCACCGGCUUAAUAGAGAGCAUGUUAUCCAAAUUUUCUAUGAUGGGACAACCAUUACUACUCGAGCUACUAUUGAUGCGGCUUCGGGCGGUUUGCUUAUGCAAAAGACUUAUGAAGAAGCUCUUGAAUUGGUGGAGAAAUUAGUCGUGGUUAGUAGUACUUGGGGUCCUAUGGAUAGAAGAGCGUCACCUAGUCAAAAGUCGGUGAUGAUUCUUGACCAAGUGAGGGAAAUGGAGGCCAUAAAAGCAACAAACGCUUCACUUCAAGCUCAAGUGGACGCCCUCAAGAAACAAGUUGCUCCAAGAAACGCACCGGUGGCUUAUGUUCAAGUGGGAUGUGAAUUUUCUGGGGAUUACAACCACUCGGGGGGAGAAUGCCUAGUAACGGGGCAAGUCUUAAGUGAGCAAGUAAACUACAUGGGGAGUCAAAUGCAAGCUAGUGAUCCUUAUUCCAACACCUAUAACCCCAGGUGGAGAAAUCACCCAAAUUUUGGAUGGAGAAACCAAGAAGGUCAAGGCAAUGCUCAAGCGCCUCAACAAGCGGGACAAAACUUUCAAGGAGGGAAUCGACCACCACAACAUCAAGGGAACAAUUUGGGCAAUCGACCUCCACACCCUCCCGGGAGGCCUCAAGGGGGAUUGCCCUCCACUACAGAAACUAAUCCUAGAGAGCCCGUGAGAGCCAUCAAAGUUGUGGAGCUUCAAAGCGGGAGAAACCUUGAGAAAGCCAAUGGGAAGAAACAUGUGGUAGAAGAGGAAGAGCCACAAAUUAUGAUUGAUGUUGCAAGCUCUAGUCAAGAACUACCUAGGAUUGUGGGGAGGUGGCUAUUGAUGUCGAAGAACCAUAUGUUAGACCACCACCACCUCCAUCUUUUGUGCCUAAAGUUCCAUUCCCAAGCCGGUUAA